AUGGGCGUGAAAGAAUUGUGGAAACUCUUGCGUCCAGCUGCAUUCUCAGUGCAAAGCCUUGAUGUAUUAUCGGGAAAGAGAGUUGCUGUAGAUAUUAGUGUUUGGUUACAUCAAUUCAUGCUCGGAAUGGGUUUGGAGGAUGAUGAUGAUUCAUUGUUGUUUGGAGGAUCGGGUGGUGCGCAUCAAACACUUCAAGUAAGAUACCUCCGAGCAUUGUUUAAAAGAAUUUGUAAAUUAUUGUACUACAAUGUAAAGCCAGUGUUUGUGUUUGAUGGCGCAACGCCUUUAGUGAAACAAAAAACGUUACAGAGGAGGAGAAUGAAAUCAACAAAACAAAAUUUUAGAUUAAAGAAAGCUGCAAAGAAAUUAUUGUCACGAGUCAUACAAGAUAGUGCCAGUGGAUCAUCGUCGACGAAAAAACGGAUUGAAAAUAUGAAAAAAUCAAAAAUUAAGAAAUCAGAAGAUGAGACAGACGACGAAGAGGAAACACAAUCUUUUAAUUUUGCAUUGCCCUCUAAUAGUGCAUUAUCUGAAAAGAAAGAGGAUACAGAGUCUGUAUUGUGUGACGUUCGCAAUUAUGAGAUUGAAGAAGAUGAAUUUGAACAGAUUCCUUCUUCCACCUCCAACAAUCAUGAAAGUUCAUUCGCUAUUGAUAUUGAUUUGGAAUCGGGUAUUGAUCCCGAUGUUUUUACAGCUUUACCACAAGGAAUGCAACAAGAAAUUUUAAAACAACUAAAGGCAUCUAAGAGACACCGCUCAGAAUCUCGUAUUAAGGAACUGAAAGAAAAAUCACCAGAAAAGUUCUCUACGACACAGCUACACUCAUUUAUUAAGGGAAGUGCUGCUUCGAUACAAUUACAGAGGUUAAUGAAAAUAACGGAAAAUCAACAAUUAUUGGCUUCUCUUCCAGAAAGUCAAACAGCUGAAAGCUCUUCUCAUGGAGUAUCACAGCAUGAUCAAAUUGUCGUAAAGGAUGAACCUCAAGAAGAAGAAGAAUUAGGAUUCUUUCUUGAGGAAGAAAAUACAUCAUCAACACCACGUACCUCUUCAUCUCAGCUCAGUUUAACUCCCUCAUCAACGUCCACAGUGACAAGAGAGAGUACUCGAGAAGAAUAUCAAAUAUUAGCCGGUGGUAGACUUGCUUCGAAUCCAAAUCAAGGAUUUAUACUUAUGGAGCACACACCUCCAAAAGAAAAACACAUUUCACGUGAAACAACCACCAAACGAGUUGAAUUAAGCCAAGAAGCAAUCACUCGAUUUAGCAAUUUUCUCUCAAGAGCAGAGAAUCCUCUGCAAGAAGAAGUGACCAAUGCAAAAGAAGCACCAUCCCAACCCAUCAAUGAAAAUACAACAAUCCACAUUGUAGAAGACGAAGAAAACAAUAACCGUGAAAAUCAUUUGUCAUCCGAAGAAGAUGAUAAUAUUGAAGUGACGUUUGACCUUAAUAAUAUCACUGAGGAUGACAUGCUUCCAGAUUCUAUUUUCUCAACAACUGUUGCAGAAGAUCAUGCAGAUGAGAUUGAAGACAUUUCAGCAACCAUUAGGAACAUAAACGAAGAGUUACGAGCAUUUGAAAAGGAAACGAUCCAUUCUGUAAAUGACAAUAUUCAUCAUCAACAACAAGAAGACAACGAGUUUGAAGAAGUUAAGAACGACAUGACAUUGGAUGAAGAAUGGGAAGAUGUACAACAAACGAAUCAGGCACCACAACAAAUUAUAGAGAUUAUUGAUGAGGACGAUGACAUUCACUGUCUAGAAGAUGAUGUUAAUAAGAAGCGACAAUUUCACAUGAUAAUGGAACAAUAUAAUGACUCGGAUGAUGUCAUUUCUAUUCAUUCACCAAGCAACGAUGCUAAUGACUCUUCGAAUCGAUCGACUCCAAACAGUGUCUCUCAGAGUAGCUGCAAAUCUACUUCAUUCUCUAAAGAAGUAGUCUUGGAUGAUAGUUUUGAGGAACGAUCAUUUGAAGAUGAACAAAGCUCGUUACUGCAAUUGAACGUUCCCAUGAUUAGUCAGGAAGAGGUCUCCUUGCAGGAUCUCAAUGCUGCCAGAUUUGAACAAAAUCUAUUCUAUUCUGACUAUCCAAUGAUUGAUCUUUCGAAUGCAAAUUCCAAAACUGCAAAUUUAUUUGUCUCAUUGGUAGAACUCGCCAAAGAAUUAUUGGCUCAUUUUGGAAUACCGUAUGUGGUGUCACCAUCUGAAGCAGAUGCUCAAUGUGGAUUUUUAUGUCAGAAAGGACUUGUGGAUGCUGUUAUAACUGAGGAUUCAGAUCUGUUCUUGUUUGGAGCCAACUGUGUUUAUAGAAAUGUUUUUGGCUCUUCUAACAAGAGCAUUAAUAAGAAUACGAUUGAGGAAUACAAGAUGGAAAAUAUUGAAAAAGAACUUGGAUUUAAACGCACACAUUUAAUUCAAUUAGCUUUGUUACUAGGAUCUGAUUAUACAGAUGGUGUACAUAAUGUUGGAAAAGUGACAGCAACACAAGUACUUGAUGUAUUUAAUCCUGAAUCAUUUGAGGAUUCAGAUUUAGAUGAUAUUGAUCAAAUUGUUCAUGGGCUUAAGGAGUUUAAGGCUUGGGUUGCUGAUGAUACCUACAAUAUUGGACAAACAGAAAGAUCAUGGGGAUGUAAGGGAGAUUUUCAGUACAAUUACAAAGGAUCGAAGAAGAAAUUUAUUUUUCCAGACACUUUUCCAGAUACUAAAAUUAUUGAUGCAUAUAUUAAGCCAACAGUUGAUCAUUCACUGACAGAAUUUGAAUGGGCAGACAUUGAUGACCCUCCUACAAGUAGUAGUGAUGGUAACAGUCAAAAGGCUGGAAACAGUGGUGCAUCUUCGAGCGUUGACUCGACUUCUCAUGUCAAAUUGAAUUGGGACGCUUUUUACAGAUUUUGUGCUGAGAGAAUGAACAUGGGUAGAGAAGAAGCAGAUAGACAUUUGAAGCCAGUAUUGGCUGAAAGAAAGAAACGACAAGCUUUGAAAAACAAAAAAGUUGAGGAAAUGACUCCUUUGGAACGAUUUAUUUAUGAAGCGGAGAAAAAGAAGAAAAAAGCAGCUAGCAUUGAAAGCAAGAGAGUCCUACAUGCUGUUGGGUCGAUAAAGAACAAGCAACAAAAAAAGAAACAGAAAAAGAAGUGA